CUGAUACUUGCUUCAAGUUACAGCACAUUUCUGUGUGGAGAAAUGAAGUUUAUUUUUUUAUUUAUCUCUUUGUUAGCUGUGUGUCAGGGUGUACAUGUAGAAUAUGUAGAUGAUGAAGUGCUAUGCCCGGAUGGGAAGAGUACUUGUCCUCUUGAAAGCACUUGUUGUGUCUUGGAUGGCGAAGAUGAAUUCGGCUGCUGUCCAUCCGUUAAGGCUACUUGUUGUUCCGACAAAUUACAUUGUUGCCCAGAAGGACUGCAAUGCGAUGUUCAACAUAAGCGAUGCCUAAAUCAGUUUAUAUCAACACCUUGGCUCGUGAAGGUUCCUGCUAAACGUCUCUUAGACGUAGAAAAGUCUAAUGAGCUAUCUUAUUAUUCGGAUGAGCUCGAUACUAUUAAGUGUCCCGAUGGAGUAACUUCCUGUCCCGAGGAAUCUACUUGUUGCUUACUCGUGGACGGCUCGUAUGGAUGUUGUCCUACUGUUCAUGCCACAUGCUGUAGCGAUCGGCUUCAUUGCUGUCCAGAAGGAAUGACUUGUGACGCCGCUCGUGAACGCUGUCUAGGCGAAGAGGGAACGGAAAUCAGAUGGCUCAAUAAAAUCAAACCAAUACAAAAAAAGCAUAACAGCUUGAGAGAAGUUAUCUGUCCCGACAGAAGAAGCAAAUGCCCACCAGAAACCACCUGCUGCAAACUGUCUUCUGGUUCAUUCGGUUGCUGUCCUUUGCCUAAAGCUACUUGCUGUUCUGACGGUUUACACUGCUGUCCAGAGGGAAUGAAAUGUCAGGUGGCUGAAGGAGGAUGUUCCACCGAUUCCGGCUUCCUCAUAAACUGGUCUACUAAGUUCGCGUCAACCCCUAUCCGUCAGAAAGUUGCUAUUGAUAUCCAUCCACCUGUUGUUGUAGAUAAUGAGAGUGAACUACCAGAAGAGCUGAAAGCUGUUCCAUGUGGUAAGAACAAGAAUUGCCCAGCAUUGACAACGUGUUGCGAAACCAAGAAGAACAACGUAAUCAGUCAUAUGUGCUGUCCUUUGCAGAAUGCUGUUUGUUGUGAAAACAGUUGCUGUCCGAAUGGCUUCCGAUGCUAUGGUUCAGGAAAAUGUGAGAAACAUGCUGUGAGACAACAUAACUUUUUUGAUUAA